UUGCUUUCAUCACUUGCUGGCAUUGCUCUCUUUGUCUUGAAGAUAUAUGGUUUUAAUUUAAUAUUUCAACUUGAUUCCCCAACCCCAACCCUGCACCUACAUCAUAUAAUCUUCAUGUAACAGAGGACUAGUCUCAGCUUCUUGUUCAACAUUUCUAUUUCCUCUCCCAAUUUUCUAUGUUCUCCUGCUUCUGAAGGAGGGAGCAGCAGCAUGGGAAGAAACAUACAAGAAAAAGACAUCAUGAAUUGCAAACUCAAGGAUAGAGUAAAAAGUGAACUCCAAGAAUUGGCUUCAGGUUCUUCACCAAACUCACCAACUCAAGAUGGAAGUCCAAGAAAAGAUGGGAGACCAAGCAGCAUGAUAAUUAAGAAGGCAAACACCAUGUUUCCUGCUCACUUGAUAGCAGAAGCCAUAUCCUCACUCAGAGGCCUUGAUCUGAGAUGGUCAGGUCCAAUCACACCAAGUGAGAUGCAAUAUGUUCAGCAAUACAUCUUCGCAAAGUACCCAGAAUACUGCAAUGGAUUAGUGGAAGAUGUCGAAAAACUAGACAUUGAUAAUCUUUCGAUCAACGAAGAAUCAUCAGGAACUCCACCCCAUGACAAUAAGCUCAAGUCACCCAAGAGUGUGGCACCAAAAGAGUUGUCCCCAUUCAGCAGCACUCACUCAGACCUGGACAGGACUCAGAUGGAACCCUCAAGACUUUUAGACAUCUUGACCAAGAAAUCUUCGUUCCAAGGGAACUUUGUAUCCAUUCCUGAGGUCCAAGCAAGGAAUAGGGCAUUGAAGCACUGUGGGUUACAGGAGGAGGAUUAUUUAGUCCUUUUCAUGGCAAAUUACAAAGAUGCUAUGGUGAUGAUUGGUGAGAGCUACCCUUUCUUCAGAGGAAAUUACUAUAUGACCAUUGUGGGUGAGGAGACUGAUUCCAUAAGGGAAUUUGCAAGUACCAAAGAAUCUAGGGUUAUUUCAGCACCAGAAACUUGGUUGGAUUUGAGGAUAAAAGGGUCACAACUUAGCCAGUACUUUAGGAGAAAGUGCAAGUAUAGUCCCAAGGGACUGUUUUCCUAUCCGGCCACUGUCAAUGGGGCUAAAUACUCCAUGCAUUGGAUCUCGGAGGCACACAGGAACUCUUGGCAUGUCUUGCUUGACGCAACCGGCUUGGUUUUGGGGGAGGACCGGUUAGCACUGGCGCUGUACCGGCCAGAUUUUGUGCUGUGCACCCUCAACAAUACACACACUCAGACCCAGCCAUCCAACAUCACUUGCCUCUUGGUCAGGAGAAAAACAUUUGAUACUAUGACUAACCCAGCCUAGGGUUUCAUCAUGAUAUUGCUUUUAGUAACAAUAAACAUGUGUAAUUUCAUGGACCUGAUUGUACUUGUUCCUGUUAUAAAUGGAGCAUAGUAAGUCUUUAUUUUUCUUUUUCCUAA